GGCCAGUUUUUAUGCAAAAUUCAUUCCCAGCACAGCUGGGAAUGUUGUUUCUAACUACUAAAGGACAACUCUGAAUACUGAGAUUGGAGAACAAUUGCCAUUGUUAUCAGGAAACAGGGAGAUCUUUCAUCCAAAGCACAUUACAGCUGCUACAGAUGCUAGUAUAGCUUCCAUCUGUGAUAGUGAUGAAUGGUGUACAAGUGAAUUAAUGCUGAGAUACUGAAACACAGAGAAGGAAUCCUCCAAACGGGAGAAUUGACUUUACUGGGAGACCAGAUGAAUAUUGAUUGAAAGGAGGUUUCAGUAUGAAUUGUUAUACUUGGCUAUCUCUUCUGCUAACACUUGGUCAGCUACGGCCUUGCCUUCCAAGUAUGCAGAACCAUAACACCCACAAAAUGAAGCAGCCUUUUGCAACACUUCAGAGAGUCAAACGUGGCUGGGUAUGGAGCCAGUUUUUUGUGCUGGAAGAACAGAUUUUAACAGAGCCUUUGUGUGUUGGCCAGCUGAAGUCUGAUUCCGACAAACAUGAUGGCACUUUCAAAUACAUUUUGACGGGGGAUGGAGCGGGAAGCAUUUUUACUAUCGAUGAGUAUACAGGUACAAUUCAUGUGACACAGAAGCUUGAUCGAGAAGAGAAACCUUUCUACACUCUAAGAGCACAGGCAAUUAACAGGAAUACCCAGCUGCCCGUUGAACCUGAGUCAGAAUUUAUCAUCAAAGUUCAGGAUAUCAAUGAUCAUGAACCAAAGUUCUUGGAUGGACCUUAUGAAGCCACUGUUCCAGAGAUGUCUCCCGAAGGUACUUCGGUGAUACAGGUUACAGCUACAGAUGGAGAUGAUCCUGCUUAUGGCAAUAGUGCCCGGUUGCUUUACAGUAUUUUGCAAGGACAGCCCUACUUCUCUGUGGAGCCAAAGACAGGUGUCAUUAGAAUUUCUUCCCAAAUGGACAGAGAAACUAAGGAGCAAUAUUUUGUCAUUAUCCAAGCCAAAGAUAUGGUUGGGCAAAUGGGUGGAUUUUCAGGAACAGCAACUGUAACCAUCAACCUCUCUGACAUCAAUGACAACAAACCCAAAUUUCAACAAAAGUUCUACUACAUGAAUAUCUCUGAGGCGGCACCAGCAGGCUCUACCAUAGGCAAAAUCAUGGCAGAAGACAGCGACAUAGGGGAGAAUGCAGCCAUGAAUUAUGUCAUCGAAGGAAAUGAGUCACUUGUUUUUGACAUCAUUACUAACAAUGAGACCCAAGAAGGAAUUGUUAUAUUAAAAGAGAGAGUGGAUUAUGAGAGCAAAAGGAGAUACAGUGUUAGAGCAAAAGCAGUCAACAGGCAAAUGGAUGGCCGUUUUAUGAAGGAAGGGCCCUUUGAAGACACAACCAUUAUCAAGAUCAGUGUGGAAGACGCUGAUGAGCCUCCAGUUUUCACCUCACAGAACUAUGUGAUGGAAAUCGCUGAAGGGGCCACAAAUGGUUCCUUGGUUGGUGCUAUCACUGCCAGAGAUCCAGACAAUGCCAACAGUCCCAUCAGGUAUUCUAUUGUCCACAGCACGUAUUUAAAGAGAUUGUUCAGCAUCAAUGCACACAGUGGAACAAUCAUUAUAACUAAGCUUCUGGACCGAGAGACAGCUGCUUGGCACAACAUAACUGUUACAGCCACAGAAACAAGAAAUCCAGAACAAGUUUCUGAAGUAACUGUGUAUGUUCAAGUUCUUGAUGUUAAUGAUCAUGCUCCAGAAUUCCCAAAACAUUAUGAGAUUUAUGUGUGUGAAAAUGCAAGAUCUGGACAGCUAAUCCAGACCAUCAGUGCAGUGGAUAAAGAUGAUUCAGUAGAAGGCCAUCAUUUUUACUUCGAUCUGGCUCGGGAGGCCACAAACAACUCAAAUUUUACUGUCAGAGAUAAUCAAGAUAACACAGCUGGAAUUCUUACAGCAAAAAAUGGCUUCAGUCGACAAGAGCAGUUUGCUUUCUUCCUGCCAGUCCUAAUUGUGGACAAUGGAACCCCCUCACUUACCAGCACAAACACCCUAACUGUCAGCGUCUGUGAUUGUGAUACUGAAGCUAGUGCCCAGUCUUGUCGAUUUGGAGCUUUCAUGUUUUCCAUGGGUCUCAGCAUAGAAACAUUAGUUGCAGUUUUGGCUUGCAUACUAAUAAUAUUAGUGUUUUUUUUGGCUAUGCUGGUUUUAAGGCAACGGAGGAAGCAGUCCCUAUUUCCUGACAAGCCUGAAGAGUUCAGAGAGAACAUUGUCAGGUAUGAUGAUGAAGGAGGUGGAGAGGAGGACACAGAGGCUUUUGAUAUUUCAGCACUCAGGACUCGUACUGUUAUGAGAGAGCACAAGUCUAGAAGAAACAUCACAACAGAAAUCCAAAGCCUUUACAGACAAUCUCUGCAAGUUGGUCCUGACAGUGCUGUGUUCAGGGAAUUCAUUUUAGAAAAGCUUAAAGAAGCUAAUACAGAUCCUACUGUUCCACCAUACGAUUCCCUUCAGACAUAUGCAUUUGAGGGGACUGGCUCACUGGCUGGAUCCCUCAGUUCUUUAGGAUCAAGCAUGUCAGAUGUGGAUGAGAAUUAUGAUUACCUUACUGAGCGGGGGCCAGACUUUAAACAACUAGCAUGCAUGUAUGACCCCAUUAAGAGUGCAACAGAUUAGCAGCCACUAGGGGCCACAUUUUCAAAAGUACUCAGAUCAAAAUCAAAUCUGGAUUUGAAAAUGAGACCAAUUUAAGCAUCAAAAAAAGUGGCCAGGUUUUCAAGAAGAGCAGUUGAAAAGGAUAGUGGAUGCUGAGAACCUUUUGAAAAUCUGCCUGUGAGCAUCACUCUGAGAAGCGUUGAAUGCUCAGCAAUUUUGAAAGUCAGAUUUUAUUCAGGUGCUUACAUACAAGCUGCACUUCUUUGAAAAUCUAGUUCCAAUGGUGGGUGCUUAAAACAGGUCCCACAAGUACAGGAAAAACAAAACAAAAAAACUAUGGUUCCUGGAAAUAUUCGACCUAGCUUAGGCUUUACAACUAUUUUCAAAGUUAAGGCUGACUUGUAGGGUUUUUUUGUUUAUAUUAAUUAACCAAAGUUAAAGCUUGCAUAUUUGUAUUAUGUUUGGUAAUAUAAAUUCUAUUGUGUAAAAAAUGUAGACACCAGAAAUAUUUUAAAUGAUUGCCAUAAACACUUACAAAGUCCUCUAUUUAUUUUUUUAGCAUAAAAUUAAAGCAAAUACUGUUUUUAGCUGUGUAGAAAUAAAGGCCUGUUACGGUCAACAUUUAUUCACUAUUAAAUUUGAAUUUUUAUUAAACUGCUGGGAAGUGUGUUAAAUUCCUAAUUAAUUUCUCAGUUAAUGCAUUCAAAAAUUAUAAAAGACAAAAAGUAUUAGGUUCAAGUUUGAAUCAAUAUUCAACUUAAAUAGAGUAGUAUCAACCAUGUUACAUUUUACUGUGCAUAGCAUCAAAUACAAUUCACAUUUUGGCUUUUCCCCUUUUAUUAAGAGCUUAAAAGAUGACUGAUUUCCCAGCACAGAUAUUUUUUUAUUAUGGAAUAUAAAAUUAACUUCAGUACUCAAUUUUAUUGUAACAGUAUUAAAGAUCUUUAAAAUGCUAAGCUGAUGUAUAUAAAACUAGAUGUAUAACAUUAGAUAAUAAGAUAAUAAAACACUUUAAUGUUAAUCCAGUUCUUCAGAAAAUGAUCCCACAUCAUACUGAAGGAAUCAAGUCAGACUUCAAAAUUAAUUUCCCACUGUAUUUUUUACAGAGUCUGUCGGGAGUAUUAAAUUGUCUCAGAACUAUUCCCUUUCACUUAUCUGUAUGGUGGAUCAACAGAAAUUUAGUGUUCUAAAAACCAUCAAAUAUAUUCAAAUGCUGACUAAGAGAGGAAGGGUCUGCCUUAUAUUUAUUCACCAUUUUUUCCAUUAGCUGUUUAUUUUACAGCAUCUGCAACAUGUAAUCAAUUGAAACAUUUCAACAGCUGAAAGCUGGCAUCAGGAAGAGGAAAAGCAAUUAGCUUUUUUGUUUAAGCUCUCAGGUAAGCUCCACUGAAUUACAGAAAGCUAGGCAAAUCUUAUACAAGAAAUGAAAAUGCAUGAAGUAUAGCAAACAUCACAGAGCUUGUACAAUUAUUUGUUUAUUAAAGAAAAACAAGGGAUGUAGUCUAAGCAGAAAGAUGCCAGUACAGAGACACUUUAAAUACCUGCAAGUUAAAAAUAAAACACAUGAGAAAGUAAGGGAAUUAGGACACAAAGGGGUGUGAGUCCAGAGAAGAAAAACUAUGGAUGCUAUUUGUUCUUGAAACAAUAUUAUCAAGCAUGUGACUAGCAGCCGAUGAACCAGCACAUGUAUAAUGGGCAAAAGUUGUGGGGUUUUUUUGUCAGAACAAUGCUAAGUUCCUCCACAGAAGAGUUGUCACAGAGUAACUUUAAAAGAUGCAUGUCAGUUAAGCAUUGCAAUAAUAGAUCAAAUGCUUGUAUUCAAUGGGACGCAGACAGAUGUGACAAAAAGGUUUCUAGUUAGAUAAUAUUGUGCAUAUCAAUCAUUAGCUCCAUGGAAAAGAAUGGGAAUGAGACAACACAUGAGCUUGUAUUUGUUUGUUUUGUGGGAUGGGAGUGUGACGGGAUAUAUACAACCCACACAGAUGAGGAAAGCACCAGAGUCCCUCUGCGUGGGGCUAGUUCCACCCCUUGGUCCUGCCAACCAUGUAUUGGAGGGAGGUGACCUUUAAAAAGGAAUAAACUGCAGUCAGCUGAGAGGAGAGAUCACCUUCAGCAGGAAACUGCUGGAGCAGCUCCACAGGGGGGAACUCCCAUCCAGAAGAUCUCCACUGUGACCCUAUGAAGAGUCCAGCAAACUCCCAGGGCAAGCAUGACAGCAUGAGUCUAAUUCAGGAGCUCAGCCAGAGGGACUCCUUGAAAACCAUUGCACAGAUGCUGUACUUUUGGACUUUUUCCAUUUGAAUGGCCCUAGUAAAAAGUUAUUUGGGGGUAUGCCGGGGCAUUUAACUUUCCUUAUAAUCCUCUAUCAGAAGGCACUUAAGAAGGUCCACAAGGGGGAGGGUCCUCUUGCAAGAAGUAGAAAAACUGGGCCCUCUGCAUGAACCAUGCAGUGUAAAUAAGUGGGUGUAAUCAGUAUCUUCCACCAUCUGGGAGAAAAACGUAAGGGAGAUCUUUUACAGGGAGUACAUAUCAACAUCCAGAUUCUGAAACCGUAAGAGGUACCAUACUCCACAAUUGGUCCCAUUGUCUUUAAUUGAACCCCCUGUGGAAUGGAGUAGCAUUCAUUAUGAAGAAGGAUGUCAGCUUCUGCAUCUCAACAUGGAUUGUGAGAAAAUGAUUACUGUUCAAUUGUUCAGACAGCGGACUAGGAUACAAUCCAUGUUUAUGCUGAUAUUGCCUUUCAUCCUGCUUGAAGUUGUGUUCCAUCUAUCAUCCAGUUUGAGUGUAUAUUCAUGUAAUAAUUACAAAAUUAUUUAACUGUGUCCUAUUGGUUCAUUGUGUUAUAUAUCUCCUCCUAGUACAGGAGUGGCCAACCUAAGCCUGAGAAGGAGUCAGAAUUUACCAAUGUACAUUGCCAAAGAGCCACAGUAAUAUGUCAGCAGCCCCACAUCAGCUCCCCGACCCUGCUCCCAGCGCCUCCCACCCACCAGCAGCCCGCCAAUCAGCACCUCCCCCUCCCUCCCCGCACCUCACGAUCAGGUGUUUUGUGGUGUGCAGGAGGCUCUCAGGGAUGGGUGGGAGGAGCGAGGGCACUGCAGGAUCAGGGGAGGGGGUGGGAAGGGGUGGAGUGGAGGCAGGGCAUGUGGCAAAGCCAGGGGUUGAGCAGUGAGCACCCCCCCCCCCAGCACAUUGGAAAGUUGGUGCCUAUAGCUCCAGCUCCAGAGUCGGUGCCUACACAAGUAGACACAUAUUAACUUCUGAAGAGCCGCAUGUGGCUCUGGAGCCACAAGUUGGCCAUCCCUGUUCUGGUAGCUGCUUCACAUAAAAGGAUAAGAGACUACUACUGUUACCAGCUAAAGAAAUUACUCCUUUAGCUCAAGUGAUAGAGGACCAUGCUUCUAGUCAUGAAGGUCCUGCAGUUAAAUUCCACAGUAAGCAGCCGUCAUUGUAAGUUGGCACUGGAGUGGAUUUCAACAAGAUUUCUGAUAAUGAGGCCCAAUGUCAAUCAUGUGGACACAUAUUUAUAUAUGAUUAAAAAAAAAUCAGCAAAUCACUGGUCUGAUCAAUUGUUACAAAUCCUGUGUUCCUAUAUUGACAUGAUCAAACAUUAUAUAAGUAAACCAUGUUUAGUUUGGCCAAGCAAUGACCAAAGAGGGAUAUCAUUAGAAGUCUACAAAUAUAAGAAUGUAAACACCAACAAGAGACAGGAAUUACUUAAAUAGAUGAAAGGGAUAUAUAAUAAGGGUAAUGGGAUAAAACUAAUAAAGAGAAAGUGUAGGCUGAAUACCAGGAAAUAAUUCCUGAUUGUGAGAUCUCUUAUGCUAUGGAAUGUUACGUUCACAGCAUAAACAAAGAGAAGUUAGAUUAAAACAUAAAUACUCUUGAUGGAAAAGUUGCAACUUAACCCUAUUUCUUAUAAUCCAGAAUGAUAACACAUGAAAACACAAAAGAGACAGAGCAGGCUUCCCCCUAAAGCAGAGAUGGACAAUUCACCCCACCAUUUUCUAGGCUGUCUCUUUCCAUAAUGAGUCUGAUUGCAUGCUUUCUUACAGAGCCCCCUAUCCUGCAAGCAUGAACAGGAAAUCACCCCCACUCAAAGCAAUAGUUUGCAAUUCCAAUUUAGUCAUCAAAACACCACAUGGAAUAGUCCUCCUAAGGAAAAGCUCCAUUACUUAGGUCAUCUAAAAUCAGACUGGACAAUUCAGUUGAAUAGGUGCAUAACUGUGGCGGUUCAAUGACAAGAUGGAACACAGCUUUUAGCAAGCAAGCGACUGGUCUGCUAACGGGCUUCUGCCUGUCAGCUUUCCACCUUCCCCUUUAUUCCUUCUCUCCCCCCGUGCAUUACAUUCUCCAACAGAUAAAAGGAAUACACUGGCUUUGUUUAACAUUCUUAUUUACCAAUUUCUAUCUACCGCAUUCCUUGCUCUCGGGCCUUGAGCCCAGUCCUGAGAGGUUUCCCACGGUUCAUGUCAUCUGGGCGAGAUUCCAAGGUUGAUGCCCUUGAGAGGAGCUGUGUGUGCACAGGUCCAGCACAACACUCCGGGUGUGCCCUGAAUGUUGCCAAGCGCAUGAACCUUGUAUGAAUCCUACACAUAACAAACAAUACUUCAAUGGCAGGGGGUCAUUGAUUCCUCGUCUGGGGUUUGUGACUCAUGGAAAGAUUAUAAACAUGUUUCAGAAGAAUCAUGACCACUUUCCCAUUCUUCAUGUCUCUAAGGGACAUAUUCUUUUGUAACAUAGGGUAACAAUUUGGAAAAGUUUGAGAACUGCUGAACUAGAAGACCUAAUGAUAGGUCUUUUCCACCUCUAACUUCUGAUAUUGUAGUGAUUUAACACUUUGGUAUAUAAGAAAUACUCUUAUAUUUGGAAUAUAAGGAAAUACAGGCUAUCUGUAAACUUAUUAUAAAUUUGGUAUAACAAAGCAAUGUGAAGCAAAAGUUAUGUGUUAACACAUUGUGACUUAUGAGUCAUUGUUAUGAUUCAAGGGGGGAAAAAGUCUUGCUCAUUCACUUCCCAAAAAAUGUUUCAUUUGCCUUCAUUUGCAUUUCAAAUUGUAUUUUUAUGAUCAGAACACUGAGAAACUCUUUCUUGGUUGCUGCUAAAAAUAAUCUUAAGAAUAUUAUUCUGGGUCAGACCAAUGGUCCAUCCAGACCAGUAUUCUGUCUUCUGACAGUAGCUGGUGCUAUGUGCUUCAGAGGGAAUGUACAGAACCAUGCAAUUAUCAAGUGAUUCCUCCCCAGUCCCAACUUUUGACAGUCAGAGUUUAAGGAACACCCAGAGCAUGGGGUUGCAUCCCUGACAUUCUUGGCUUAUUGCUAUUGAUGGACCUAUCCUCCAUGAACUUCUCUAAUUCUUUUUUGAACCAAGUUAUAUUUUUGGCCUUCACAACAUCCCCUCAGAACAAGUUUCACAGGCUGACUGCAUUGUGUGAAGAAGUAUUUCCUUAUAUUUGUUUUCAGCCUGCUGCCUGUUAAUUAAUUGUGUGACCCUUAAUUCUUGUGUCUAUGAAGGGAUAAAUAAUACUUCUCUAUUUACUUUCUCCAUGCCACUCA